AUGGAUGAAAUAGUCCUUCAUGUUUUCUCUCCUGUGUUCAUUUCUUUUAGUGCUGGAGUCGGCAGGACUGGCUGUUUCAUUGUGAUAGAUGCCAUGUUAGAGAGAAUAAAGCAUGAAAAGACAGUAGAUAUUUAUGGCCACGUAACUCUAAUGAGAGCGCAGAGGAAUUACAUGGUUCAAACGGAGGACCAAUACAUCUUUAUCCACGAUGCGCUGCUGGAAGCAGUGACGUGUGGAAAUACCGAAGUGCCAGCCAGAAAUCUGUAUGCGUAUAUCCAGAAGCUGACACAGAUAGAAACAGGCGAGAAUGUCACAGGAAUGGAACUGGAAUUUAAGCGUCUUGCUAGCUCUAAGGCUCACACUUCAAGAUUCAUCAGUGCCAAUCUUCCAUGUAAUAAAUUCAAAAAUCGCCUUGUCAAUAUUAUGCCAUAUGAAUCUACAAGGGUAUCCUUGCAGCCAAUCCGAGGAGUAGAAGGCUCUGAUUAUAUUAAUGCCAGUUUCAUUGAUGGAUACAGACAACAAAAAGCUUACAUAGCUACACAGGGUCCUUUAGCAGAAACAACUGAAGACUUCUGGAGAAUGCUCUGGGAGCAUAAUUCUACAAUUGUGGUCAUGCUCACUAAACUACGAGAAAUGGGCAGAGAAAAAUGCCACCAGUACUGGCCUGCAGAGCGCUCAGCCAGAUAUCAGUAUUUUGUGGUAGAUCCAAUGGCAGAGUACAACAUGCCACAGUAUAUUCUGAGGGAAUUUAAGGUCACUGAUGCAAGGGAUGGCCAGUCCCGAACAGUGAGGCAGUUCCAGUUCACUGACUGGCCUGAACAAGGAGUGCCAAAGUCUGGAGAAGGAUUUAUUGACUUCAUAGGCCAAGUGCACAAAACAAAAGAGCAGUUUGGUCAGGAUGGACCAAUUUCCGUUCAUUGCAGUGCUGGUGUUGGAAGGACUGGAGUAUUCAUAACCCUGAGCAUUGUGUUAGAAAGAAUGAGAUACGAAGGUGUUGUAGAUAUCUUCCAGACUGUCAAAAUGUUAAGGACACAACGGCCAGCCAUGGUACAGACAGAGGAUCAAUACCAGUUCUGCUAUCGAGCCGCACUGGAGUAUCUGGGCAGCUUUGAUCACUAUGCAACAUAAAAACCCAUCGUGGAUUUUUAUUGCAGGCCCUUUAAGAUCCAGAGAGCCGCUUCUGAGCCAUACGAUGUGCUUUAGAAGUACUUCUUAACUCUUAGCUAAGGAGCGAUUAUUGGGGAUAUAUAAAAUAAAAAA